AUGACUCCGAGUAUCACUCAUUACUUGAAAACAUCCGCCGCGCUAGAUUACGGCCAUGAAGUCGCAAGUUAUCCAUACUAUGAUGUAGAAUUCAUCAGUGGAAAGGUUCAAAUUGAGGUCAAAUACUCGGAAGAAUUUGAUGGUCUCAAUACUAACUUCUCUGACGGACCUUUUCCCUCUGCAAUUGGUCUUUCGAAUACGUAUCGCGUUGAAACCUGUGAACUCACCGAGACUGGACCUUUCGAAGCAUUCCUACUUCAAGGAGGACAAAGAUGGCAAUCAAUCCGCCUCUUGACUUCGGGGAGUGUAACAUUUUCAACAAUUGGAUUUACUGCAUCAGUAUCGGCUAUUGAUGUCAGUACAUUGCCCGAUAUUUGGGCCCUUGGAGCUAGGGCAUCAUCAUUGGCCUGCAUCGAUCCCGGAACUCAGGGCUCCAUGUGGGAAUUUGAUGCGAAUGGUGCUCUUGUUAGAGGUAUGAAACCAGGACUCACAAUUAAAGGUGCAUCAUUUCAGAAUUACAUGUUGGAGUUCAACACUAUGAUCAAAAGAGGCGAUAUAGGCUGGGCAAUUGGGGUUCCAAUUGCCCAGCCCUUAGGUCUCCAACUGAACCUGAUUGGGGAGCUACCUAAAAACACAACUUUCGUCAAUACGAACACCACACUUACUCCACCAAAUUCCUUGAUUCUCUCUUAUGGUCACUCUUUAGUUAAUUUCACGACACUUCCUUCCUAUCGUCUAGAUGUAUUCAACACACCUCCCAUAAGAGAGAAUACCUGGAGUACGGUGCGGACCAUCCUUGAUACUGCAGACAACCUUGCGGUAUAUAUAGAUGACGCAGAAACUUUCAAUACGUCUUUGUCAUCUUACUAUGUUGGUGAGACACCAAUACAGACGACUGGCACUCUUGGAUUUGGUGGCUGGCAAGAUCAGGGGACUUUGAAUACCUUUCUAGACUGGCAAAUAGAAGAUGGACUUUUGCCAUUUUCUCCGCAGAUUGGUCACAAUGCAUCUGGCGCCAAGCAGAUAUUUGCCUUAGGUAGUGGUGCAACCGCUGGUCUUGAAACUUAUGGUGUUGUCCUAGUUGACUACCAAAUCUUCGGACUGAUAUCCUACUCCAAUUAUAUUUCGUCCAGCAAUGACCUUGAGUUUGCUCCCGACACCGGUAUACCUGUCUUUCCCUAUUCGUUCAUUGGUCCGAGCCAAGGCUCUGCUAUCUCCUGCGCCCUCGUGCAAGCGUUGAGUCAGCUCGCGGAAUUGUGGAAUCCAACCAUCGGCGUUUAUUCCCUUUCUGCCGCUUCACCUGGCGAUUAUUCUAUUGCGGCAAUUGGAUUCUGUAUCACACCAGGCACGGCAAACACGACCCAAGCACUUCAAUCUUUACAAGCUCUCGAGGCCCUAAAGCUUGGGCCGGGAUAUAACGAUUCGACACAAGUCAAUAGUUCAGAUCCCAGCACAAAUAUUUCACCUAAUAUAAAUGGAUUUUGGCUUGCAGCAAUUAUCUCGUAG